CAAAAAAGCCAUAGCAGAGGGUUUUUUAUAUAUAUCUAACUGUAGCUCCAGCUAAUGCAAUUGUGCAUGAAAAAAAAAGUGUGAUGGAGGUUUUUUAUUUUUGCAAUAUCGCAGAGUGAACGCAGCGGAUCCGGCGAGCGGCGAGACGCACCGGGAGGACGGGGAUUAUUAACGUUAAAGCUUGGCUAAAAUAAGACUCACAUAGGAAAAAAGAGCGGGGCGUAUUUUUUCCUGCGUUCACUCGAUAUUUAAAUACAAGUGGGUGGGCCUUAAACGCGAGGCUGGAGCGUUAGUUAACUAGCUAGCUGCUACAAUAACUUGGAUUUGGACGCGUUUCGUCGGAGGACAAGAGGAAAAAGAGGGAGAGGGAAGGCAGAAAAAGAGAAAAUUCGCAGGCUGAAGAAGAGACAGACGCCCGCUUUCCAAAGAUCAGAAGAAGGAAGCCAUGGCCACGGACGGGGGGAAAUCGGGUGGAGGUGAAAGGACCACCAAAGGGAAGACCCCCGGAUCACAGGACGCACAGCCGUCGCCCCUCGCUCUGCUUGCAGCCACAUGUAGUAAAAUCGGAGGUGUAGGCGGGGAGGGUCAGCACGGAGCACAGCAGCAGAUCAUCAUAGACCCCAGCCAGGGUUUGGUGCAGCUCCAGAACCCCCCUCAGCAGCUGGAGCUUCUGCCGGCCCAGUUCACAGGAAAUGGCUGGCAGAUCAUCGCAGCCUCACCCGCUGCUGCCACCACCACCACUAUGGCCAAGGACAACAUGCAGACGACCAGUGUGGCCACUGUAGCGACCACAGCAAACGUGGUGGCUGUGGACGGCACGCAGGGCCGGAAGGUCAAAACGAUUGGCGCCAACAAUGCCAGUGUGGGGCAGCAGCAACAGCAGCAGCAGCAACAGCAGUUUCAGAUCAUCCAGGUGCAGAACAUGCCCAAUUCGACCGGAGGGAUCCAGUAUCAGGUGAUCCCACACAUCCAGACUGCUGACGGUCAGCAGAUCCAGAUAAACCCCAGCAACCCCACAGCCUUAAGCGUCCAGCCUGAGCAGAUCCAGCUCAUUUCUGCUGGGAACAACCAAGCCAUCCUCGCCGCUCCACAGAGGGCGACCUCUGCCAGCAUCGUGGCCCAGAAUGUGAACAGUCAGGCCAUUCCGCUGCAGAUCCGCCCAUCAUUUCCGCUCCAGGUGCAGACGAUCCAGGGCGCACAAGCACCAAUGGUGACGACGUUACCCAUAAACAUAGGCGGCGUCACGCUAGCUCUGCCCGUCAUCAACAAUGUGGCUGCGGGUGGAGGAUCUGUCCAGCUGGUCCAGACAAGCGAUGGCAGCAUUGCUAAUGGCAACCAGUUGAUUGCUACCCCUGUCUCAAGCGCAGUCAGUGGAGCAGAAACCGCAGUCGUCGCCACCUGCACAACUACGUCUGGCGUCGUAGAGUCCAUCGUCACAACCACCGCUGAUGCCGCGGCCACCGCCGCCUUGGAAUCAGGCGUGGAGUGUCAGAAAGAUGGCCAGAGCUCAGACGGCCAAGGCACAACCCAGUCUAAUGGGCUUCAGCCCACGCAAGAGCAGCCAGCUCAGGUGCAGCAGUUUCAAAUCGUUUCUCCCCCGAUGUUGCAGCAGUUCCAGAUCCAGCAGCCCCAGCAACAACAGCAACAGCAGCAGCUGGUCCAGGGCUCCAUCCAGCUUCAGCCAGGCCAGACCCUGCAGCCAGUACAGCAGAACGUCCAGUUACAGGCCUUCCAGAACCCGGCGCAGGUCCUCAUCCGGACACCCACGCUCACGCCCACGGGUCAGAUCAGCUGGCAGACGGUGCAGGUGCAGAAUGCCGCUAUGCCCCAGCAACUCACCCUCACACCCGUGGCCUCCAACACUGGCGGAAUUACACAGAUCGCCCCGCUUACACUAGGGGGGACGCCUAUUACCCUCAACACUGCCCAGCUGACCCCUGGGGCAGGGGUGCAGACCGUGAACAUAGCCGGCCUGGGCACCACUGGGGUACAGGGAGUGCAAGUGCAGGGAGUGCCCCUCACCAUCACAGGAGUGCAGAGUCAGCAGCAGGGUCAGGGAGGGGUCAAAGUUCAGCCCGCCCCUGUGACGGUCACCGUCGGGAACAUCGCCAACGCAGCGCUGAGCGCCGUGAGCCCGGAGCAGAUGGGUCAAGCCCAGAGUCCUUCAGAGCAGGAGGGUCAGCCUAGCAAACGACUGCGCAGAGUCGCCUGCUCGUGUCCCAACUGCAGAGACGGCGAGGGCAGAAACAGUGAUCCGUCGAAAAAGAAGCAACAUGUGUGUCACAUGGCCGGCUGCGGGAAGGUCUACGGAAAGACGUCUCACCUGAGGGCACACCUGCGUUGGCACACAGGAGAGAGACCCUUCGUCUGCAAUUGGAUCUUCUGUGGCAAACGCUUCACACGGAGCGACGAGUUACAGCGGCACCGCAGAACACAUACAGGUGAGAAGAGGUUCGAGUGUCCAGAAUGUUCCAAAAGAUUCAUGAGGAGCGACCACCUGUCGAAGCACAUCAAAACACACCAGAACAAAAAAGGAGGCACAGCUCUGGCCAUCCUCACCACCGAGGACAUGGAGGAUGAGGUGGAGGAAGGCCUGGGCUCGCCCAGAAUCGUCACAGUGGCCCCACUUUCCCAGGAUUCCAACCCGGCCACGCCCACAACAUCUAACAAUCUAGAAGAGGAGUUUGAGUAGCUCCGCCUACGAGUCCUCGGCUGAAAGCACCAUGUUUUUUAUGUUGGAUUUUAGUUGUAUGUUUUCGUUUGUUUCUUUUUUUUUUUUGGUAAUGAAAAUGGACAGCUGUUCGCGUGAUUUUUUUCAUAUGAAAAUGUAAAACUAUGGAAAAUUAUAAUACGAAAGAGUAAUCUAAAGAGAAUGGAGAAUUACCAUUGGUUUUAAGACAUACAUUGACUAUUGGUGAUGAUGAUGAGAGUAUGUCCUAUUUACGAAGUAGCACAAGGAGGGAUCUGUUUGUUCCCAGUACGAAAAAAAAAAAUCCACUAUAAAGAGUCUUUCUUUAGGGUAAAAAGAAAUAAGAAAAAUCUGUUUCUAUGCACAAACUGUAUCUUUUUCUCAAAUUAAUUAUUGGGUUCUUCUACAACCUGUUCAACCUAUUAGAGAAGGAGGAUCUAGUGAUCUAGUUUUGAUAUAAAAGUAGAUGAUGAGCCUUCUGUUCUGAAACUCGAGGUCAGUGGUGGUGAUGGUGGUCUGCGACGUGGAUUAAAAUCCAGGAAAAGGACUUGAACUCAGACAAGAACAGUGAUAGUGUGAAUCUAAAUCUGUACUCUUGUUCUACAGUAAUAGGGCUACUGUAGUUCAUUGUUCUUUACUGACUCUUAUCUUCUAACUGUCAUCAUAUCGAGAGAGGACAGAGGUGUGUUUCACAAAGCAGGAUUCUUCAGUAAACUUCAGUAAAGCCAAAUGUGAGGAUGGUUCAAUGGGAAUUCCAGUUCUCUGGAUAUUAUUGAACUGGCUUAACAUUUGGUUAAGAGAAUACUACAGUGUUCACUUUAACUUUGAAUGGUUUUAAUUUCCAUGGAAAAUAAUGUUUUUGGAUAGAUCCAAACCACUUAUAGUCCUUCUGUUAUAUUCAGUCAUCAAACCCACUGCUUUUUAAAGCUAUAUUUAUUAUUUUUGUGUUAUCUCUGUGUUGUAAGUCAGGUUGAAAGCUGAUCAAGCUAAUCAAGAAGCUACCUUUCAUAAGCUCCUAUUAUUUUCAUUUAUAUACUUAUUUUAGAAACUUCCUAAAUGGCAACUGUUGGAUUUAGUUUAAUCUAAUUGAUCAAGCCAACUGAUCAAGAAACUGUCAUUAACUGUUACAAAUGAUUUACUAAUAGUUGCCAGCCUAUUAGCUUCUUAGCUAACUAAAAUUAACCAAUUGUUACAGUUAGCAUCACAUGUUUACUAGUUAUAAUCAGUUGUCUAGGUAAUUAAAGGCUAAUUGUUAGAAUGGCUACUGUUAGAUGUGGCUGAUUAUAUAGGUUAUUUUAUUACAGAAUUGGGCCAAUGUAGUGUAAGAGGAGUCUUGCCCAAGGACUCCUAUUGGUGUACAGCAGUAUAGUCACCCAUAUUGGGAAUUGAACCCCAGUCUCCCACAUGAUAUGGUAGCUCACUGGCAUGCAGUGGUGUUAUCCACGGCACUACACCAACCACUAAAUUGGUUUACCUACAGCAAAACUGAUUAGCUGUAUAAGAAAACAGUUGAUGUUGCUAGGAUCUGCUCUUUAGCUAAUUGAGAAGCUAAAUGAUGAACUAAUGUUAUGUUUGAUUUAGUGGCUAGUGUUGUGUUCAGUUGUUUAAACAAAUUGGGAAGCUAACUCAUUGGCUUAUAAUAUAUUCAAGUAUCAAGCUAACUGAUUGGCUGUUGUUGUGUUCAGCUAAUUGAGAAGCUAACUGAUUGGCUGUUGUUGUGUUCAGCUAAUUGAGAAGCUAACUGAUUGGCUGUUGUUGUGUUCAGCUAAUUGAGAAGCUAACUGAUUGGCUGUUGUUGUGUUCAGCUAAUUGAGAAGCUAACUGAUUUGCUGCUGUUUGAUUCAGUUAUUCAGCUAAUUGAUGAUAAGCUAACUUAUCAUUGGCACGUAUGUUCAAGCACCUAGCUAACUCAUUGGCUACUGUUUUGUUUAGUUGUUUAGCUAAUCCAGAAGCUAACUGAUUGCCUCACAUUUUUUAUAUUCAGGUGUCUAAUUAACUAAUUGUCUACUUUUUUGUUUAGUUAUUCAACUAAUUUAGAAGUUAUCUGAUUGGAUUUUGACAAAUUGUGCUCUCUCAGGGCUCCGGCAGGCUACAUGACUGGGAUUCGAACCAGCGAUCUCCCGAUCACUCAGUGCCCCCAUAUUAUACACAUUUUGCAAAUUCCUACUUUGUGAAACACACCCCACAGGACAGUUUGAAGCCACGUUCUUAGAUGUUCUACGUUUACGCAGAAACCGAUCUGUCAGAUCUACGAAUUUUACGGAUAAAGAUAGAUACGAUGGAGAAAUAUUGAACACUGAAAGGUCAUUGAAAAAAAAGCACAUGAAAUAGAUUUAUGAACUGAUGCAUUCCUGUGUAGAAAUGGUUGAUGUUGAAAAAAAAGAAGGUAAAAGAAAGGGGGUAAAAAAAAAAAUACAAUCUAGCUUUCUAAGACGUGCUAUGUUAAACGAAAGCAAUACUAUAACGACAAUCCUUGUGAAACCAUGUUUACAUUAGAGAAGGAGAGAAUAGAUUUCUUUAAGAAAUGGGGGAAGAAAAAAACAACAGCCAGAUAAAAAAGGUCUUUUGGUGUCUCUAAGUCAUAUAAACUGUACUACAAUGCCUUAACACAGACUGCAGUACCAUUCUGUACAGAAUGAGUAGUGUCGAUUGGUGGGGGGGGUGGGGCUUUAUCGGACUACGAGUUGUGUGUAUACAGUCGCACACAGAUGACCAUAUGUUUCUUUUAUACAAUGAUGGUGAUGAUGAUGGUGAUGAUGAUGAAGAACACUGUGGCCAGUCAGGACACGCUGGGUACACUGUUGUUAAUCCCCUUUGGAGCAAAGAUUUAUGAGCGUCAACCUUUUUUGACAUCAGCAUUUUAUCCCGCUUCUGAUUCCUCUGUUCUGAUUGGUGGAAGCUCCCAAACUUCUCCAUCCCAACCCCACCCCUCUCUACUUACAGCCCCCAAAUGUCCUCAUCCCGACCCCACCCCUCUCCACCUACACCCUUCAAACUUCUCCAUCCCAACCCCACCUCUCUCCACUUACAGCCCCCAAAAUUCCCCAUCCCAACCUUUCCUUUCUCCACUUACAUCCCCCAAACUUCCCCAUCCCAACCCCACCCCUCUCCACCUACAGCCCACAAACUUCCCCAUCCAAACCCCACCCCUCUCCACCUGCAGCCCCAAAACUUCUCCACCCCAAACCCCACCCCUCUCCACCUACAGCCCCCCAAACUUCUCCAUCCCAACCCCAUGCCUUUCCACCUACAGCCCUCAAACUUCUCCAUCCCAACCUCACCCCACUCCACCUGCAGCCCCCGAACGUCCCCAACCCAACUCCACCCCUCUCCACCUGCAGUCCCCAAACUUCCCCUUCCCAACCCCCUCCCCUCUUCACCUACAGCCCCGAACUUCUCCAUCCUGACCCCACCCCUCUUCACCUACAGCUCCCAAGCUUCUCCAUCCCAACCCCACCCCUCUCCACCUACAGCCCCCAAACUUCUCCAUCCCAACCCCACCCCUCUCCACCUACAGCCCCCGAACUUCUCCAUCCCAACCCCACCUCUCUCCACCUACAGCCCCCAAACGUCUCCAUCCCAACCCCCUCCCCUCUCCACCUACAGCCCCCAAACUUCUCCAUCCCAACCCCACCCCUCUCCACCUACAGCCCCCAAACUUCUCCAUCCCAACCCCACCCCUCUCCACCUACAGCCCCCAAACUUCCCCAUCCCAACCCCACCCCUCUUCACCUGCAGCCUCCAAACUUUCCCAUCCCAACCUUACACCUCUCCACCUACAGCCCCCAAAACAGGACUUUUCCCAUCAGUCUUUUACACUUCCUUUUUUAAGAAUCAGCCCCCGAUUCUCCAUCCUGUGCCCCUAAAACCCGCUGCACUUCUCCAGACCUGGGGCCACUCGCUCGCUUCUGCUUCUUUUGCAUCAGAAGGGCUCGAGCCCACCUUAGCUCAGUUUGGUGUUCUGAGAUGUUUCUGGUGGUGUUUUUUUUAUUUUUAUUUGUGAAAAAUGUCUUUUAUUUUUUAUUUCUUUAUCCUUCCCUCCCUCUCUCUCGCUCUCUCUCUCUCUUUUUCUUUAACACAGACUGUGUAUAUCGCUAAUUUAUUAUUUAUCCUCAUUUCAAUAUUUGCCUUUGCAAAUCGCUGAUUUGAUGUGUAUCGUACGCCGUUGAGUCCGAUUAUGUGCAGCAUGUUUUUCGUUCUGCUCUAGUAAUGAUUUAUGAUUUAUGAUUUCUACUCGUGGUCCUUUUUAUAUAAGUAUAACCAUAGCUUUUUAAUUUAUAUGACUUCUUUUUUUUUCUCACACCAUAACAUGUUUCAGAAGAAAGAAGAAGAUUAAAAAAAAAAAAAAACAAUAAUAAUAAUAAUAUGUGGAGAAAAAAGAAAAAAAAAAUACGUUUAAAAUGAAUGGUUGAUACCAAACAAUUUAGAUGUUUUUUGGUAAUAUUUUGUGUGACGAUUUUUUUCUUUGAUAUUUUCUAGUGGCAUCUCAUUUGUAAAUCUUUUUCUAAGAUGUUGGUUUGUCCUCAUGACAUUUGAUAAUGUUUUUUUCUCUCGCCAGGUUAGCCUAAAAGGCUGCGGUUUAUUGAUAUUUUUAAAAUAACUUUGUACAAAUGUGUUAUGUUAAUGGGUAAAAAAAACAAACAAAAAAAAACAAAUAAAAAAUAGAAAAAUAUCUUUGCCUGCAUAACACUGGAGAUUAAAAGUGAAUAAAUCUGUCUUAAAUAUA